AUGUCAGGAACCACUCCCACGAUGAACGGGUCUCACCAAUCCAUUGAGGAAUUCACAAUCCUUACGCCGAAUGCCAUGCUUGGCUAUGGCUAUGAAUCGGACCACUUUUGGUACGGAAUCACCAAGUACAAGCCAGCUGCCAUCAUUGUCGACAGUGGUUCAACCGAUGGCGGCCCUUACAAGCUCGGUAUGGGAAAGAUGACCUGCGGACGAGGAUCAUAUAUUCGAGAUCUUGAGCCAAUUCUAGCAGCAUGCUUUCACCACAAGAUCAAGGUUCUCAUCGGGUCCGCUGGGGGUGACGGCAGUAACAAGCACGUUGCCGAGAUGCUGAAUCUGGUGGAAGAGCUUGCCGAGAAGAACGGCUACUCCUUCAACGUAGCCACGAUCCAGGCCGGUAUGGAUCGCCAAUGGAUCAAGUCGAGAAUAUCGCAGAACCGCGUCGGCCCUUGCGGCCCGGUUGAAGAAUUGUUGCCGGAUGUGGUAGAUGGCGCAGUAGAUGUUGUCGCUCAGAUGGGAUCUGAACCGUACUUGGAAGCCUUGAAAGGCAAUCCUGAUAUCAUCAUUGGUGGCCGAUCGUAUGACCCGGCACCUUUUGCUGCUUUCUCUAUCGCUAGAGGGGUCCUUCCCGACGUCGCUUGGCAUAUGGGAAAGAUCAUGGAAUGCGGCGGCAUCUGCGCCGUUCCCAAAGGUCGAUCCAUGAUCGCAACUCUGAGAAGAGACUCCUUUGAUCUUACUCCACUAUCUCCUGCCGAGAGAUGCACUCCUCUAUCGGUCGCUGCGCAUACCCUCUACGAGAAAACGCGUCCUGACCGUCUGCCCGGACCUGGAGGCAUCCUCAACCUCGACGGAGCCAAGUACGAGCAAGUCACUCCUAAGACGUGUCGUGUAUCGGGCGCCAAGUUCGAGAGAACGCCUUAUCAAGUCAAGUUGGAAGGCGUUACCCAUCUCGGUUAUCGCACCAUCUUCAUCGGCGGCAUUCGCGACCCAAUUCUUAUCGACCAGAUCGAUGCCUUCCUGGAGCGAGUUCGCGUGUACUCUCAGAACCUGUUUCCGGAGCUGGAUAAGACGGAACAGUGCCGACUGUUGUACCAUGUCUAUGGCAAGAACGGUGUGAUGGGCCCUUUGGAACCGGUUCAAGCUCGGCCACACGAGAUUGCUGUGCUUGGAGAGGUUGUUGCACCAACUUCCGAGCUGUCUCAUACGAUUGCAAACAACGUUCGUGCCUCUAUCUUGCACUUCGCCUACCCCGACCAAGUUGCAACCACUGGCAACUUUGCCAGUCCUCUUUCACCGCAUGAGCAGGAUGCGGGAGCUGUUUUCAAGUUCAGUCUUUAUCAUCUUGUGGACUUGGACAACGGUGAAGAAUCUUCAAUCUUUCCAGUUCAGAACCAUGCCAUCGACUUUGCGGCAUCGUCUACCAAGCCCUUGGAACAGUUAAAACCCGAGACCUUCGAUAGGAUCGACAACGGCAAACUCGCACCCUUGACGUCGAAGAUUGUCCCUAUGAACGAGGCUCCUCUCAGCCAAGUUGCCCGAAUCAUCCGAUCGAAAAAUUCGGGUCCAUUUGAGAUGACUUUCGACGUCAUGUUCGACGAUCCGGCUGUCUAUAGCCGCGUGAAGGAAGCCAAUGUCUUCACGAACGAGACCAUCAAAGCUCUCUAUCGCGUUACCGACGAAGACAUCUUGACCAACAUGUACUUUGACCCCGCCCUUGCUUGGAAGUGCACCAUUAAACGGCCAUGGGCUCAAGGUAGCGUCGGAGAGCGCGAUACUCUGGGAACCCAGCAACAUGCGCCGCUUCUUGCCAUUCGCAUCCCUGCAGCCAACUCUACACGCCAACCGCACGUCAAUGGUGUUUCUUCCAUAAGCAAUCUGGACACCAAGUCAAAGGAAAGCUUCACGGCUCAAGACGUUGUUCAGGACAUCUGGAGCAGGUUGGACCUUCCCCUCGAGGCUCUCAGCUCAGUCAACCUCGAGAACGAUGGGUUACCAACUUUGCCUUCAUCUUAUAAGCUUGGGGUACUCGCCCAGAGCACCAUCGCCUUGUCCGCCCUCGCGGCAGCUCAGAUUCAUGCUCUUCGCAAUGGCAUUUCUGUUCCUAAGAUUGAUGUUCCCUUGGCGCAUGCAACCAUCGAGUUCAAGUCUGAGAGACUCUACAUCUUGAAUGGAAAGCCAACUCCCUCUCCGUGGGGACCUAUCGGAGGUUUACAUGAGACCUCUGACGGCCACGUCAGAGUCCAUGAUUCCUUUCCAAACCACCACGAUGGCAUCCUCCAGCUGGUAGGCUUACCACUUGAAUCUACCAGACAGCAACUCUCAGACAAGAUCGCCGACUGGGCAAGCAUCGAUCUCGAGACCGCCGCAACAGUGGAAGGCAACCUAGCUACGUAUGCCUUGAGAACGUAUCGCCAGUGGGACGCCCUUCCCCAGUCUAGGGCCAUCAGCGAUUUCCCCAUUGACGUCAACCAACUGUCUCCGGAGGGUCCUAAGGCAUUUCCUUCAAGGAUAGCGAGUGGCAACUCCAAGUGUCUCCAAGGCCUUCGUGUGGUAGAGAUGAGCCGCGUGAUUGCCGCCCCUUUGUGCGGCAAAACGCUCGCGGCCCAUGGUGCGGAUAUUAUCUGGGUCACCUCACCCAACCUCCCAGACCUUCCAACCAUGGACCGUGACUUCGGCCGUGGCAAGCGGACUGUCCAGCUCGACAUCCACAAAACCUCCGACAAAGUACGCCUGAUUGAGUUGAUAAGAACGGCAGACGUGUUCAUUCAGGGUUUCCGUCCUGGCAGUCUCGCCGCUUACGGACUCUCGCCUGAGGAGGUCAUCAAAAUCAACCCUUCUAUCAUCAUUGCCAAUAUGUCAGCAUUCGGACCUCGAGGACCCUGGUCCGGCCGAAGAGGUUAUGACUCUCUGGUGCAGACUUGCUCAGGAAUGAACGUCUCUGAAGCCGAGCACGCUGGAAAGGGGGAAGCGGCGCGACCAACUCCAUGCCAGGCACUUGAUCAUGCUGGGGGUUAUCUGCUUGCAACUGGAGUUCUCGUAGCUCUGUACAAACGGGCAACUCAAGGCGGUUCUUGGAAGGUCGACGUGUCUCUUGCUGGCGUAAUGAAGUACCUUCGGAGUUUGGGCCAGUACGAGGGCGAUUCUGGCUUCGACAGCAAAGACUACGAGAAGCCGGAUGAUGUACCGAAGGAGUACUUCGAGACAAGAGAGACGGGUUUCGGUUCUAUGACAGCCAUUAAACACAGCGCGCAUGUGGAGGGGGUUGAAGUUGGUUGGGAUAUUAUGCCGAAGCCUUUGGGUUCAGAUUCCCCUGAAUGGAUUUAA